UUUCUCUUUUUCUUCCUUUCAACUGUUCGAGACAAACACCCAUCCUAUCCUUUUCCGUCCUCAAAAGAUACAUACACCCAAUCCUACAAUGAUACACGGAACCGCUCCUAAGAACCAACGUAUUGAAGCGGACAAGAUCAACGAGACUUUCAAAGACUACAUUGAUCUUGCUGUGGCGACUCGCGGAGGCAAGGUUCUCACUCAGACAGACGAAUGGUUCGCAGAGGCCAAGAACCUCCUCACAGCUGCAGCACCCAUCUCUCAGCCUGGCAAGUUCAUUCCUACAGGUGCAUGGUAUGAUGGCUGGGAGACCCGUCGUCAUAACCCUCAUUAUGACUGGGCAGUGAUCCAACUUGGCUACGCUGGUACGAUCGCUGGGUUUGAAAUCGAUACUGCGUUCUUCACUGGAAACCAUGCUCCGUUUGUGUCUGUAGAGGGAGUCAAGGAGACCUCAAUUGAAAAGGCAGCUUCACGCACAUAUGAGGAAUGGGCCACGGUUGAAUGGACCCCUAUCCUCUCCAAGGUUGCACUUGACCCCAAUACUCGCCAUGGAUUCAAAUUAGAGGAACCAACGAAGGAUUUUUACACUCACCUUCGAUUCUGUAUGUAUCCAGAUGGAGGUGUUGCUCGUCUACGUGCCUAUGGAACUGUGCACAUGGUUGUUCCAGAGAACAAGCACGAGAUCUAUGACUUGGCCUCAGCUGCUGCAGGAUCUGUCGUCACAGAGUUCUCGGAUGCUCAUUAUGGUCACCCUUCCAACAUGUUGCUCCCAGGUCGUGGACAUGACAUGUCUGAUGGAUGGGAGACAAAGCGAUCACGAACCCCUGGACAUGUGGAUUAUGCAAAGAUCAAAUUAGGCCAACCCGGUCAUGUUACCAACAUUGAGAUCGAUACAGCCCAUUAUAAAGGUAAUCCACCGAAAGCAGUGACUAUUGCAGGAUUUGAACAUGGAUCAGAUGAGCCAAUCUUGUUGCUGGAUCAGGUUCAUGUGGGCCCCCACCGUCAACACUUCUUUGAGGUGGCCAGUGAUUUGACAGAGAAACGAAUCGCAACCAUCAAUGUCAUCAUGAUCCCCGAUGGCGGUAUCAAGCGCGUCCGUAUUUGGGGCGCCGCACAGUUACCUGCCGUACAGCCUGUUGGCUUGCCCAUUGGAGUCCGUAAUGAGCUGCCAGACGAACAUACAUGGAACGUUAAGAAGCAUUAAACAACCCC